UCUAGAAGCUUUGCCUUGCUGCCUUAAACCAUGGACAUCGUUGGGUUUCUGAAGUCUCAGUUCAUUUGCCACCUCCUUGUCAGUUAUAUAUUUAUAGUAUCAGGACUUAUAAUCAACUUCAUCCAGCUCUUCACACUAGUUCUCUGGCCAUUCAGCAAACAACUAUUCAGGAAGGUCAAUUGCAGACUGGCUUACUGCGUUUCUAGCCAGCUGGUGAUGUUGCUGGAAUGGUGGUCAGGCACUACUUGCACCCUCUACACUGACCCACAGGAUUACCUCAAGUGCGGGAAAGAAAAUGCCAUCGUAAUCCUUAAUCACAACUUUGAAAUCGACUUUCUCUGUGGCUGGAACUUUUGUGAAAAAUUUGGGGUUUUAGGGAGUUCCAAAGUACUUGCAAAGAAGGAACUUUCCUAUGUUCCAAUCAUUGGCUGGAUGUGGUAUUUCUUAGAGAUAGUUUUCUGCAAGCGCAAAUGGGAGGAAGAUCGGAAAACAGUUAUGCGAGGCCUGCUUAAUCUCCGAGAUUAUCCUGAAAAAUUCUGGUUUCUGAUUCACUGCGAAGGUACAAGGUUCACCGAGCAAAAACACCAAAUCAGCAUGCAGGUGGCUGAAGCGAAAGGCCUGCCCAAGCUUAAGUAUCAUCUGCUGCCGCGGACAAAGGGAUUCGCUGUCACCGUCCAGUGUUUGAGAAAUGUAGUUUCAGCUGUGUAUGAUUCCACAUUGAACUUUAGGAAUAAUGAAAAUCCAACUUUGCUGGGAGUUUUAAAUGGGAAAAAAUAUCAUGCAGAUUUAUAUGUAAGGAGGAUUCCAUUAGAGGAAGUCCCAGAAGAUGAGCAGCAAUGUUCUAAUUGGCUUCACAAACUCUAUCAAGAGAAGGACUCCUUUCAAGAGGAAUACUACAGAACAGGAGCCUAUCCUGGCACUCCCAUAGUGGUCCCCCGGCGGCCAUGGCCUCUGUUGAACUGGUUUUUCUGGGCCUUAUUGCUGCUAUAUCCUUUAUUCAAACUACUCAUCAACAUGAUCAGUAGUGGCUCAUCACUGACUCUUGCUUCUUUCGCCUUUGUUUUCGUUGCAGCUUCCGUUGGUGUCCGAUGGAUGAUAGGAGUUACAGAAAUUAACAAAGGUUCAACUUACGGCAACCGGGGUAACAAAGGGAAACUAAAGUGAAACUCUCCGGAGACUGUUUCACACCUCAAGGGACCCAUGCACACCUGCUGCAAACUGUUGUGCAGGUUAUUUUUCUUCAGACACGAGGAUGAGGAAGAAGCCCAGCGGAGGGCAA